GCCCUCUUAAGAGGACCGGAGUAUACAGUGUGCAGUGAACUGCGCAGAACGUGCUGCUGGAGCUUACCCAAAUGCUGAAGGCUGUCUUUGAUGGACAUUUUACUCAUUGCGCAAUUCAUUACACCGUGAACACGAAAAAUCAGAAGGAAGAAUCAGCUCUCUGUCUAUUUCAGGAGACAUUGGUGGAUUUUAUUCAAUAGACCUGUUCCCUGUGAUCGGGAGUGGAGUUUAUCAACUUUACAGAAAACCUGAGCCUUUCUCCUCACUCCAGAGCCUGGGUUAUAGAAAUGAAACUGGUCUACCAGGCGUCUCUGUUCGGUUCGUGUUUUCUCUCAGUUAUUUGUACAUGGGCGAUUCCCAGGUUAACGUUACGACAAGAUAAUUCACCAGAACAUAUAAUCUAUAGAGAAAAUGUAAGCCACACAGUCUUCUACCUUCGGAAUGGAUCCGACAGCCUGUUCUUGGGAAAAGUGAACUAUGUUUUGGAGCUGAACGAUGAUGGUGUAGAAGAGAAUCACACCCUGACCGAUAACAGAGGUGAAUCCUGUCAUGGGAGCUCUUGUGAAUACGUCAUAACUGUAAUCGAAGAAUUCCAGGACUGGCUUUUUGUUUGUGGAACAAAUGGAAGGCAGCCAAAGUGCUGGGAGCUGGAUCUGAGAAAAAAUCGCUCUAAUGUGGUUGUGGAAAGUAUAGACGGCAGUGGCAUCUCGCCUUACACUUACUCCCAAAACUCUCUGUCUCUUGUCGUAGAUGGAGACAUUUAUGCUGCAGCUCCACUUUAUUCGGAUGGAACGUCACUACAGUUCCGCAGACAAGCUGGCAUCCAAAACAUUUUAUGGAUGUAUGAUCCAUGGGUUACAGAACCGACAUUUAUCUCAGCGUUUGUGGCCAGAAGACCUGAGGACCCACUGAAUGAGAAAAUCUAUGUUCUCUUUCGAGAGAAAAACUCAGACAGAAAUCCAGAAGCUGACCCCUGGAUCACUAGAGUGGCCAGAGUAUGCAAGAUUGACAAAGGUGGGCCUAAGAGAAUUUUCCAAAACAUUUGGACAUCAUUCCUGAAAGCACGUCUUGUGUGUGCAAUUCCUGGGGAGUCACUGUACUUUAACCGCUUGCAAGAUAUCUUUGUCCUGCACUCUAAUGACUGGAAGGAAUCUCGGGUCUAUGCUCUUUUCUCAAGCAGCUGGAAUGCCACGGCUGUUUGCAUAUACUCCUUAGAUGAGCUUGAUGGCAUUUUUGAGCAUUCCAGUUUCAAAGGAUACAAUGAGGAAAUUCCCAACCCAAGGCCAGGAACUUGUGUGAGGGACAGUAGAACUCUGCCAAACCCUACUAUCCUUAUUGUUAAAAAUCAUCCAGAGAUGACUGACUGGGUCCACCCCAUACAGAAGCAUGCUCCAUUCUACAUCAGCAAUAAUAAUUACACCAAGAUUGCAGUGGAUAGUGUGCAGGCUUCAGAUGGAGAAGUGUACAAUGUGUUGCUGCUUGUUACAGACACUGGAAAGAUCCAUAAGAUACUGGAGCAUGAUUCCAAAGCCUUUAUCAUUUCUGAAACAAGUCUUUGCAGUGGUUCUGCUCCUGUUCUCUCUAUGAAACUACACCCUAAAAAGAGGAAGUUGUUUGUUGGAUAUCCUGGACAGAUGUCUGUCUUAGACCUGCAGAAGUGCCAGGACUAUAAUGCAUCCUGUGAAGACUGUGUUCUUUCCAGGGACCCAUACUGUGCUUGGACUGAAAAUGGAUGCACUUCACAAAUUAAAGGGGGAAUUCAAAAUAUUGCCACUGGUGAGCCGCGUAUAUGUUCCAGAAUUUCAGCUCCAAAAAGGCCUAAGCGGGAUGCACCAUUCUCAUUUCCAGCCCCUCCAACAGUACUCGUUGUGCCUAAAGGUUUCCCUUUCUACCUUUCCUGCCCAGUUGACUCCCACCAUGCCACCUACAGCUGGGAGCACAGAGGUGAAAACGCACCAUGCCAGAGGACUGAGUCCGACUGCCUCUAUUUAAUACCAGCUGUCGGUGCACAUGACUAUGGAACGUACAACUGUGUGUCAAGGGAGCGCAACUAUGACAAAAUGGUUAAAGUAUAUGAAUUGCAUGGUCAGACCUUGAACAAAGCCUUCAGACUUGCAGCUCAGAGAGAAUGGCUGUUGGCUGUAAUCACCUCUCUACUUUUCCAAGUUCAUUAAUCUGCCUAAAGAGCAGUGUGUCCGCUUCUGACCUUAAGCUUCUUUCCUGUUAUGUCCGCUAGUAACACAAUAUAUCGACAGUUGCAUAGGAAAGCAAGUAGGUGUGUCUUAAAUCCUUGUACAAAUGAUAGAAACCAGGCACGUGGUUUUCUUUCCGCGGCGGUUGGGAUUGCCACAGAGAUAAAGCCAAAUAUGAGCAAUAAAAUGUCUCACAGUUGGGUGUAGUCUGGAAUAACGUAACAGGGAGAGUACUGCACAGUGAGAUAAUUUAGUCUGUAAAACUUUAUAUAUAUAAACUGUAAUAUGUUUUUGUGUUAUUUAUUGCUCAGGUCCUUGCCCAGUUCUAACAGUAAAAUAUGUUAUUGUUGAAAACAACAUGAAACACUCUAACACCAAGGCUGAUGCUUUUAUUGUCAGUAUUUUCAGUGAAAGUGUUUUGUAAAGAAGGUAUGAAGAAGAGCACUUAUGAACAGUGCUAGAGUAAAAGCACCUUGAGGAACUGCAGAGUGUAUAUAGAGAAGGACAAACACGGUACGGUACCAUCUCAGAGUAGCUUCAUUAUUUUGUAUUGACAUAAUUGGCAGAAUAGUCAAAAAGACACACACACACACACACAGAUAAUUAUAAAUAGGGAUUUCUGCCAUGUUGAAAUAUGAAGCUUUCUGAAUCUAAAUAGUUAUCUUUACAACCAUGAGGCUCAUGCACUUAUUUUUAGUCCACACAUCAUGUGCUGGAUUUUUCUAGAUAUUAUGUGUCUUACUGAACACUUAUGCUGUGAACUAACCAGAAAUGAAAAGGAUGUACAGUAGGAUUUUUGAGUCAUUUCUUUUGAGUACACAUUCAUUUAGUUCUUGGAUAGUUUUUCUUCUCUUGUCUAAACUCUUGUCAGUUUUUAUUUAUUUAUUUAUUUUUAUUCCCUUUUAAGCCCCAUGUUUAUUAAGGACCUUUGUUUCAAGCUGUUUUCCUAACCACCCCUGAGUGCCCCUAAUGCAUAUAUAGCUGUGUGUGUGUGUGUGUGUGUGUGUGUGUGUGUGUGGUGAUGUGAUUUGGGCUGUAACUGAUUUAAGUGAUAUGAAGGUUUUAUAAUGAGUGGACCAUGUGACGUGGUCACUGUGAAUGUUUUUUUUUUAAAAUGGCCUAAACUGAAAAGGACUGCAUGAUUAGUUAGAUGUUAGUACACUGUACAUAUUAACAAGAGAAAAUAUUUAUUUAUUUUCCUGAAGUCAUUAUUAACAAAUUCAGCUAUUUAUAACUAUCAUAGCUAUUUAUAUAAGUAAACGUAAGUGUGUAUAUAAACAUAUAUUUUUAACAAGAAUUUUCUAUUAAAGAUUUGUGUGUCUG